GGCGGCACGGCGGCAGGGAAGGGCAGCCGAGGACGGGCGGCGGGAGCGACGAGGACGCGCCACUCUGCAGGCAGCCGCGGCCUCCACGAGUCGUGGCGUCUGCUGGGGCAUCGCGUGGAAGACCGGAAGCGGCGGCCGGCCCAGGGGUGCGGUGAGGGGGGGGCGGGCCUCCUCGAGAGGCUCGGAAGACCUCCUCCUCCUCGGUCCCCUCUCACUCGCCGCCGACAGAGCGGGCCUCACGCUGCAUCUUCGGAGGCCUCUUGUCUGUCCCGUCGCGACGUCAUCCGCGCCGACUCCGCGUCGCAUCUGUGCCGAAUCGGCGUCGACUUUCCCCGCGUCGGAUGUCAGAACAGAGUGCCAAUUAGUAGAAGACAAACGAAUUCUCCGGCAGAUGCAACGGGACGGGCCUUGACUCCGACGCGCGUGCACGGCAUGCAGAACGCCUCUUCCCUCAAUCCCCCCUCAACCUGCCUCCUCGUUUCCCAAACCACGCACCGAAUUGGCCGUGGGCGCACCGAAGCCGCACACGCUGGAGAAGUGCCGCCAGGUUCUGCCGUCACUACCGGAUCGCCGUCUCGAAGCACUGGAUCCAGCUGCUCACGCUCUUCCGUGGGUGGCUGACUCCUGGGGCGUUGCAGGGUGGUGUUCCCAUUCUCGAUCCGGAUGCACGCCAUCUCGCCCCCGCCGCCGCCGCCGACAAGCUCCAUCACGUCGACUGGUCGUCAAUGGUCUGAGCUGGGCCCAGUCUGCCUCCUAGCUCGUGCCUGCGGGCUCGCCUCAGCGCGCGUCCCCGUUGUGCUGACUGAUGGGUUGGAGGUCGAACCAAUUCUCUCCGCUUUCCUAGUCGGUAUCCUCGCCCUGCUCAUACUCGAUCAGGGCGUCUGCCUCCACGCAAAUCUUGCCGUGACUGUUGCUCUUUCUCUCCCCCCUGCCAACGCCCCUGGCUGGAUAUUCCAGAACCGUCAAGCAGGCGCCAGCGACUGAAGCCAGAGGCUGAGCUGCCCGUAGCCCGAGAGUCGCACUAGACUUCCUCGCGCCAGCCCUCGGCAAGCGACGACGGCCGUCUGCGGUGCCGCACAACAACCCGCCGCCUGCCACGUCCAGCAGUUUUCAACUCUUGCCGAGGGCCCGUCGGGUCCCCCUGGACCGCGGCGAACUCGGCCUGCAGCUGCAGCCGGCACAUACGAAGACAGGAUCGGACAAGAACGGGAAGCGCCGAUGUUGCCCAUUGGGGUCGUAAGGAUGGUGGCGACGACAAGGCGGCGGUUGACGAGGAUGUCAGCGUGAAUGACGGGGAGUGCAGCGAUGGAAUCAGGAGAACAACGAGUAGGAAGACAAGCGCGAGGAC